AAUCGAGCUGUCAAGAGAGCGUCAGCUUAUUAGGCAAAUGCUGCGUGGUUUCUGAAGAGGGUCGACGCUAUAAAAUCCCACUCCAGGCUCUGGUGUGGAAAACUCAGAGCCCAAGUCCAUUAAGAGACGGAAGGGAAAGCGAAGAGGGGAAGAGAAAGAGAGUGGGGACAGAAAGGAGAGGGGAAGGAAUAUCCUGAAAAAGCCCGGGAGACAUUCCUCUACAGAGAGGCGGCAGCGCCUGCUCACCUGCAGAAGCGCCUCCGAAGCGAGCGCCCCUAACAUGCGGCUGCCGCUGCUCGUGUCCGUGGGCGUCCUGCUAGCGGCUCUCCUGCCCUGCUCGCCAUGCAGUGCCCUCUUCAGCCGGGGGUCCGUCCCGGGCGCCCGGCAGGCUCAGCAGCCCCUGCAGCCCCUGGAUUUCUUCCAGGCGCCGGCGCAGCCCCAGCAGCCCCAACAGGCGCAGGCUCGGCCCGUCCUGCUCCGUAUGGGGGAGGAAUAUUUCCUCCGCCUGGGUAACCUCAACAAGAGCCCCUCUGCUCCCCUCUCGCCCGCCCCUUCUCUUCUCGCUGGAGGCGGCGGCAGCCGCCUUUCGCCGGACGAGGCGGUCGCCAACUUUUUCCGCGCGUUGCUGCAGCAGCUGCCGCUGCCUCGGCGCCAGCCCGACAGCCCUGCGGGUCCCGCGGAGCGCCUCGCCGAGAAAGCCCUCGGCGGCCGUCCGGAGACGCUGGAGAGGGAGAGGCGAUCGGAGGAACCUCCCAUCUCGCUGGAUCUCACCUUCCACCUCCUCCGAGAAGUCUUGGAAAUGGCCAGGGCCGAGCAGUUAGCUCAGCAAGCUCACAGCAACAGGAAACUGAUGGAGAUUAUUGGGAAAUGAAACGGUGGGUUUGGCA